ACCCGCAUAUUAACAAAAAUGAACAAUUCAACUCAAGCGCACACAAUCAACUUAAAUGACUAUUGCUACCAAAAAUGUCGUUGUUCGAUUUCUUAAGGCUUUCUUAAAACCUAUAAAGGACAAGAAAGAAAACAGCAAAAAGACAAUAGACAAUGCCUGCUUUGACCCUAUUUCCUACGAAACUAAUCCGGUCGAUUGUUAUAACUCUUGCGAGUUGCACGGUCUUUUGUUCCCCGUUGGAUAUGAUGGAAAGAGAAGUGAGUAUCGAAGAGAAUGUUGCCUCUUGCGGAAUAGUUUUCCGUGGUAACACCUUUUUGGAUGAAUCAGGAGGCUCUGAAAGUUCUGGAGAAGAGCGGGUCACGGCCCACUUUUAUGUUGUGAAUACUUAUAAGGGAGCGACUGCCAUUAACGAUUUGGUUGCGAAUAAUUUGGGGCAUCUAAAUGUGACUUUCCCGAGUUGGGAGAAGAAAAAAAGAAACCUUGAAACUCCCAAGGAGUAUAUAAUUUUUUGUAAUUUAAUAAAAGGAGAAGUAAAAGGUGUCGCUGCAGUGAAAUGGACCGAGAAUAACGAUCUUAGAGUUUGGAGCGCAUUAGGAUGGAGUAAAUGGAGUGAUUGGUCAUCAUGCAGCGUAUCAUGUUCUGCAGGUAUUCAACAAAGGACAAGACACUGCAAAAAAAUUAGUUGUCAUGGUUAUAAUGUUGAACAGCGACAUUGUAAUCUCUUUGGCUGCGAGGACAUCAUCAACCCGCUAUCCAGUUAUAGAAACGGCGAGGAUGGACAUAAAUCUUUCCACCCUUCUAUGGAAAAAUGGCAAAGGUUGCCCGACCGGCCGACUGCUUGGCGUUUAUACCCCGAUUCCUACAUUUGGCUGCCGGCCAAGGAGAUUUUCCAGCAGAAUAAAAACCAGGCUUUCCCGAAAGAGUUUUCUGUGUUCCUUACCGUCAGGAUAAUUAACUGCUCCCUCGGCACGAUUUUCAGCCUGCGUAGCCGCAGCCGACAGGACACUUAUUUAUCCUUGGAGCUGACGUCACUGGCGGCGGCGUCGCUGGAGUCUGUACAAUCGGGAGAAUCUGGAGAGUUGAAACUCAUCCACGCUUCGUCGCUGAACGGUACCGACGUCGUCAGGAUUCCUGCGCCUCUCGACGACGGUCAUUGGCACCAGCUCGCUUUAAGUAUUCGGGACCAAAGCGUAGUGGAGGUUUACGUGGACUGCAUUUGGUCGAAAACCGAAAUUUUGCGAUUUCAUUCGCUUGAUCUGCCAGACGACUCCGAUCUCAUAAUAGGAUACUUAUUUACGGGUGAUUUGGAACAACUCUCGAUAUCACCUGAUCCAAGAGCAGCCAGCCUACAAUGUGAAGAUAAGACGGUCACCAUAACAGACUUUCAAGAAAUUAUAAACAGAUUUAGUUUUAAACGAAAAACUACACCCAAAGGAAAUCAUGUUUAGUUAUCAAGAUAAUUUUUUACGAAAUUGAAAACAAUAUACAAAGUAUUUCCCAAUAAUGAAUAAAAUGUGUGGGAAGUGGUAACUAUAUUAGUUGAUUUUUGGUUUGGUGAAAGUAAAAAAAGAAGGCUUAAUAUUAAAUUGCUCGUUUAACAGAAAGUUUAUGUUUUAAAAAUUUAUUUUUAUUUGAAAUUAUUCACGAAAACUAAAAAAAAAAAACGGUUUUUAAUCUCUGAAGACGGGAAAGUCAAAUGAGGACUUUAUUUUAUAACUUGAUAAACAAUUCCAACGAAAUAUUAAAAAAAAUGCUAUUUGAAAAGUAACAGAAGAUAACUGAAACAUUUUGUAGAGGAUUCAACAGGUCGUACACGAGAUUAAUAUGCUAUCAAUAUCUUUUGCAAUUGAAACAUUCUUUUGGAAGUCCUGAAAAACGACGAAGUUGUAGUCUCGUUAUUACAGCCUCUCUAUACCCAGUCCUUCUAGUUCCCACUUAAACUGUAAGCUGAGUGCUGUGUACACUUAAUCUUUUUCUUCUUCUUCUUCUCGUAGCACUACAACCCGACCCAACAAUCUUGUAACCUGUCAAAGCAAAGGGAGUAUAGCUCGGUGUAUAGCUCGGAAUCCGUGUGUUUUCUAUUUUUUUUUUUAUUUUUCUUCUUGUUUUAAUAAAAAUUUUUGGAAAGUAGUAAGUUAAAAUUAGCUUAAUCUUUAAAUAAAAUACAAAUAACCUGUUGAAAGUAUAUUUAUUUCGUUGAAAUCAUAUAAUAGAAGUGGGACCUCGGUGGGUCUUGUCUGACUGCACAAUGCCCAACUCACUUUUAUCGCAUAUUGGAUACAACUGUCGUCCAAGAUAGUUGAGUCAGUGGGUAGCUCCAUUGUUCUUAAAUCUGGACAUAUAUAGUCUCUCCAUUGCAUUCGUGGGCUUCCUAAGGGCCUUCUUUCUGUAGGGCUUUCUCCCAGAUUAUCUGAUUCUGAUUUUUUGCACAAUAUUACUCGAAAAGGUCCCCUUUUAA